AAUUUUCACAAACCAUUAAAAGGGUCGAAGGGCAGGAGAGUUCACGCCUCCGUAAAAACCCCAGCAAAUAACAGAAAGUAUUUUGUGUACAUGAAAGAACAACACGUUUCCUCAGAUCGGCCCUCUGGUUAAAUCACAGAGGCUCAUGGGCGUUUUUUCCCCCUGUAAAUACCUAUGCCCAUGUGUAUAAAUAUAUCUUAGCCGAAAGAAUAGCUACUUAGCCUAUAUUGUCCGAGUAAAUCUUGCACACGUUUGUUUAUUUAUCUCCUAAAAUAAAAAUAUUCAGGAGAGCCUGGGCGAAAAAAAAACAAAGCAAACACUAAGCUAAGUCAAUGGAGGGCAGAAGGCCUUCUUCCUUUCAGGCAAUGCGAAUGGCAGUCCAGGAUCUAUUUAACCUUUAUUUAGGGCGGAGUUCGAACGUCAAAAGUGAAGAUUCCGCCAAAGAGACCACACUUCAACUUCGCAAGCGAAUCACUGCCAUAAACAGAGAUUUACCACCAAGAAAUGAGCAGUUUCUCCUAGAUUUCCAGCAACUUCAAGCUCAGUUUUUGGAUCAGGAACAGUUCCGGUCAGCAACAGAGUCUGUACUUUUUGCUUUAAUUGUGCAAUGCAACAGUCACACACUUCAGGCAGAUUUUCUUCUGUUUGCUUUGCAAAUGCUGUCUAGCAUAAAUUUUAUAAAUUGGGAUUCAUUUCUGCCAUCUCUCCUUUCUGCGGUGUCUGCAGCAGAAACUUCACCUUCCCAAAGUGGCCAAAUGAAUGCUGGUACACCAUCCGUCAGUUCAGGAGCAGCAGGGAACACAAUUCCAAAUUCAACUUUGCCCAAUUCAUCAAUGACACAAUCUUCCAAUCCAGCUUCUCCAUUGACUUCACUGAAUAUUAUUGGGACACCUCCCCAUGGGCUGGUUGAUGCAGCAACAUCUAUCUAUCAAUCUCCAGUUAAGGGGUCUGAUCCAUCUUACACUGGACAACAAAUACUUUCAAGGGGUGUUGGUCUCUCAAAGUGUUCUGUAAUGGGCUCUCUUCGGCAAAUUGUUUGUAAGGUCAUCCUAGCUGGGCUUGAACAUAAUCUAAAACCAAUUGCCCAUUCUGAUAUAUUUUCACACAUGCUCAGUUGGCUGCUCAACUGGAAUCCAAGACAACAAAAUAUGAGUGAUGAACAUGAUAAUAUGAAUAUUCGAAAAUUUGAGAGAUCCUCUUGUAACUGGCUGCAUAGCUCCUUGAGUGUUGUAUGGGCUUUGGUGGAUGAGGAUAGAUGUCGAAUACCUUUCUAUGAGCUGCUACACAGUGGCAUACAAUUUGUAGAUAAUAUACCAGAUGAUGAGGCCUUAUUUGCUUUGAUCCUAGAAAUCCAUAGAAGACGGGACAAAAUUGCUAUCCAUACACAAAUGUUAGAUCAACACCUACAUUGUCCAUCUUUUGCCACACUCCGCAUUGCAGCUCAGAUAUAUCCAAGCAUUCCUGGAGAGCCAUUGCCAACAAUUCGCUCUGCGCCACUAACAUAUCCGAGUGUUCUCGGAGAGCCAUUACAUGGAGAGGAUGUUGCACUAACCAUUCAAAGAGGUAGCUUGGAUUGGGAACGAGCUCUUCGUUGUCUACGACAUGCUUUGCAUACUAUGCCUUCUCCAGAUUGGUGGAAACGGGUUUUGUGUGUAGCUCCAUGUUAUAGACAACAUAUUCAACAGCAAGUGUCAGGUCUCGGCAUUGUGUUUUCCUCUGAAAUGAUUUGUGAAGCUACAAUUGAUCGUAUCAUGGAACUCAUGCAGCCUUUGAGUACAAGUGCAGCAAUAAGCUCCACUUCCAAUAUAUCUAGUGCAGAAGCAAAUCGAUGGCAGGAGUGGCUUUCAUUUGCAGACCUAUUUUUCUUACUUAUGAGGAGUGGGAAUAUUGACUUCCUUGACUUUGUUGAUAAGCUUGCUUCUAGAUACAGUAGUGUCGAGCAACAAAUUGUUCGGACCAAUCAUGUAACAUGGUUGUUAGCUCAAGUGUUUCGCAUUGAAAUAGUGACAAGUGCAUUGGGUACAGAUCCGAAGAAGAUGGAAACAAUACGGAAGAUACUUUCAUUUCAUAAAGAGAGGCUGUCAGAUCAAAGUGCAAAUGGUUCUCCCCAGAGCACACUACUUGAAUUUAUUAGCAGCAGUCAAACUUUACGUGUUUGGUCAAUGAAUCCUUCUACUAGAGAAUUCUUAAACCCAGAAGAACUUCAGAAAGGCAAGCAAAUUGACGAGUGGUGGAAGCAGAUGACUAAAGGAGAACAUGCUAUGGAUUAUCUGAAGUUGGAUGACAAAUCUAUGGGAAUGUUCUGGGUUCUAUCACAUACAAUGACCCAACCAGCUUGUGAUGCUAUAAUGAAUUGGUUGAAUUCUAAUGGCAUUACUGAGCUCCCAAUGCAAGGAUCCAUUGGUCAGCCUAGUGAGCGAUAUGUCUUAAUGCAUGAGACUUGCCCUUUGCCAAUGUCAUUACUUUCUGGGGUUUCUCUCCACUUAUGUGUUCGUCUCACUGCUCAGAUUGAGGAGACAAUGUUUGCUGGCCAGGUUGUGCCAAGCAUUGCAAUGGUGGAAACAUAUGUGAGAUUAUUAUUAGUUGCUCCUCAUUCGCUAUUUCGACCUCACUUUAACCAAGUUUUACAACGCUACAACACGGGAUUGAGCAAAACUGGGCCUCUAUUGAUAUUGUUAGAAAUGUUGAAUUGUCGUCUUAUUCCACUUUACAGGUAUCAUGGGAAAGUGAAGCCUCUUUUUUAUGAUGUUGUAAAGAUAAUCGUCACGUUUAAGGGGAAACGUGGUGAGCAUCGCCUUUUCAGGCUGGCAGAAAACCUAUGCAUCAACUUAAUCCUUUCUUUGCGGGAUAUUAUUCUUUUGAAGAAAGAUUUCAAGGGCCCAACAGAGCUCACAGAGACCUUGAAUAGGAUAAUGGUGAUAAAUCUUGCUAUCACUAUAAAGACUCGUGGAGUUGCAGAAUUUGAGCAAAUGGUUUUCCUUCAGCCAUUAUUAGAACAAUUGUUAGGGACAAGUCAACACAUUUGGUCAGAAAAAACAAUACGACAUUUUCCUCCUCCUAUUCGUGAUGCUUUAAUUGGGCGUGUAGAUAAGCGAGCCCAGUCUAUUCAAGCUUGGCAACAGGCAGAAGGAACAGUUAUAAACCAGUGCACACAACUGCUUUCUCCUGCUGCUGAUCCUACUUAUGUUGUCACAUACCUUAAUCACAGUUUUCCUCAACAUCGACAAUACCUUUGUGCUGGGGCCUGGAUUAUUAUGGAUGGACACCCAGAGCACAUUAACACUGCAAACCUUGGGCGAGUUUUGAAGGAACUAUCUCCAGAAGAAGUUACAUCCAACAUAUAUACAAUGGUGGAUGUCCUCCUCCAUAACAUACAGCUGCAAGUACAACGUGGCUACAAUUUACAGGAAUUCUUGUUGAAAUCUAGUGCAAGUUUGGCUUUUUUCAUGUGGACUCAUGAACUAUUGCCAGUGGAUAUUGUACUUUUGGCUCUAAUUGAUAGAGACGAUGAUCCCCAUGCCUUGCGUAUUGUGGUGGGUCUGCUCCUUGACAGGAAAGAGUUCCAGCAGAGAGUCAAUCAUUACUUCAAACUUCGUGGUCCACCUGAGCACUGGGCAAACCCUGGUCCUUUCCAACGUAAUGAACCUCAGCAAUUGCUUGGCAAUCACCUUGCAGGAAAGGACAGGUACCCUGUGUUUUUCGAUGAUAUGGUUAUGCGUGCCUUGCCAGUGAUUCCUUUGAUUACAUACAGGCUUAUUGAGAAUGAUGCGACAGACACUGCAGAGAAAGUUCUAGCUGCAUAUUCAGAACUCAUGGUUUAUCAUCCUUUUCGAUUCACAUUUGUUCGUGAGAUUCUUGCAUAUUUUUAUGGUCUCAUUCCCAGUAAGCUUGUUGUGAGAAUUCUAAGAAUUCUUGACCUUCCCAAGAUUCCUUUCUCAGAAGCAUUCUUACAACAUAUUGGGUCAAACUCUGGUUUAUGCCCCCCACCUGAUUAUUUCAGUAAUCUUUUAUUAGGCCUUUUAAAUAAAGUUAUACCUCCUAUAAGGUCAAGUGCCUCCAUGGGGGAUAGUUUUGGCACAUUUUCACGUACAGUCGGGAACAGGGUUCAAGCAGCAGCCCAAUCUGUAGCAUCAAAUGUUCCUGAAAGUCAAAAAGUUUUCUACCAAAAUCAGGACCCUGGUACAUACACUCAACUAUUGUUGGAAACUGCAGUGAUUGAAAUCUUGUCACUGCGUAUGCCCUAUAAUCAGAUAGUUUCUACACUUGUUCAAAUAGUUGUACAUGUACAGCCAACUCAAGCUCAAUCCAGCCAUUCUAUGCAAAGUAUGUCAAGUGGAAUCAGUCAAAGCUCAAUUUUGCCAGCAUCACCAUCAGCUGCAACUGCAGAUUCUAUGAGCACAAGUAGAUCAGCUGCAUCAGUACCUGGGCUAAAUGCCACUAGUAUUGCAUCAGGAAGUAACAAUGCUGUUCAAGCUUCAUCUUACCUUAUGAUUCAAGCAUGUGGUCUUCUGUUAGCACAGCUACCACCAACCUUUCAUAUUCAAUUCUAUACAGAAGCAGCCCGGAUAAUCAAAGAUUGUUGGUGGCUCACAGAUGUGACAAAGUCGUCAAUGGAAUUAGACACUGCUUUUGGCUAUGCUCUGUGGGAUCCAACAUGGGCUUUCCAAGAUAACACUUCAACUACAAUUGGAAAUCUUGUUGCCUUGGUUCAUGCUUUCUUUAGCAAUCUUCCGCAUGAAUGGCUAGAGGGGACACACACUUUUAUAAAGAAUCUAAGGCCAAUCACUACUAUUGCACAAUUGCGACUUGCUUUUCGAAUCAUGGGCCCCCUUCUUCCACGUCUUGUUAUUGCUCGCCCGUUAUUUAAGAAGACAUUGGCCCUUCUUUUUAGUGUCUUGGCGGAUGUGUUUGGGAGAAACUCUCAAACAUCGAUUCCAGUUGAACCAACAGAGAUUUCAGAUCUUAUUGACUUCUUGCAUCAUGCUGUAAUGUAUGAAGCUCAAGGAGGCGCACAAAAUGGUAUUGGGAAGCCUAAGCCUGAGACCCUAAGCUUGUGUAGCAAAGCUGUGGAACUUUUGCGCCCUGAACUUCAGCAUCUUCUCCGCCACUUGACAACUGACAUCAAUUCAUCCAUCUAUGCAUCAACUCAUCCAAAGAUAGUGCAAAGGCCUCCUUCACCUUUAGCAGGUGCAGUUGUGAUUUAAAGCUGAUUCUGUACACACAAUGUUAUUUCAACCGAUUUUCGAAAUAAAUGAGAUGCAACUACCAUUCUAAUGAUUGAAUCUGUGGAGAUAACUUUAAUAAUCUUUCAUAUUCUCAACACCUAAUUCUAAUGCAGACCAGAGCCUUGAUCUGCGUGGCAGCUGUCUCUAAUGGGACUUCCACUAACUGGAUUAGUUCGUAUUAAAUGGUUUUUAUAUAUACUAAUUUAUAGAGUUCACUUUCGUUUCUAA